CCACAAGCAACAUCAAAAUUUUUUUUUGCUCUUUGCAGCAGGAAAACCAAAAUCAAAAAUGCCACCUGCUCCGGGGUAUUUGAAAUUUCUCCCCAACCGGGGAGUGACCAUCGAAGACCGGAAAUACGUGUUCCUGUGUGUUCACGACGACAGCCGCGUCUUCAUCACGGAAAUGCUGCCGGAGGACGAAAUGGAAGCGGGGGACUUGACUUACAACGACCAGCAUUACAUUAUCAAGCUGGUCAGCAAGUACGACCGGGACAUCCACCCGGACAGCGACAUGAAAAUUAUGGACGAGGCCACUUUCGCGGCGAUCGUCGACCUGUUUUACGACCACGACGACCACUACACCGAGCAGUCGCCCAGUCACAAUCCGUCCCACGCCCCUACCCCGCAGUCGGAGGCCCCCUCCGACAAUAAUCCUGAUCCUCCGGUGCAGCCGGGCCAAUACAUCACAUUCGACCAAAUGAUGCAGUUCAUGGCCAUGAUGAACAACAAGCAGCAGCAGGUCGGGCAGGGCAACAAUUCAGGCGACAGCAGUAAGAAAUACAUCACGCUGUUCAAGGACCAGCCCGUUUUUAAUGCGGACAAGGAUUCCUUGACCGACUUCCAGAAACGGUUCGGCGACUGGAAGAAUUUAGUCGAAAACUCGAGGGAUUACGACGAAAAGAUCAUCGCCUUCAAGAUGAUUUCUUCGCUUUCUUCGGCCGGGAAAAACAUAAGUUUGAAGAAGCAUAAAACAUCUUCAAAGCAACACCACAGCCCCCCAGUAGUAACCCUCUCCGCCCCGGCGGGGAAACAAAAGUUCUUUCGAAGGACGAAUUGAUUUUGAUGCACAAAAAUUUGGCGUUUCCGACCUUCGAACCUUUUUGGAGUUUAGUACAGCGACGGGAUAACAGUAAGCAGACAAAGAAUUUAGUACAGCAAAUUACCGAGUGGACGAAGAAGCAGAAACAAAACCCGAGGGCGCAGUACAUGUGGCGAGCGGAUUUGAUUCCGCAAAGCAAUGAAGACAUCGGGUCUUUGGACUGUUUCAUGGUCGACCGGUGCUGGUUCUUACAUUUUUUGAACCAUUUUUCAUGUUUUUCGCGGUGCAUGAAAAUUACAAACGCUCUCAGCUGUUUUAUUUGUGUUCCCUGGCAGCUUGGAAGGGGUGAAAACCAUCAGGAGAUCACGACGCCGCGCCCGGCUCUCAAUCACAACGAUAAGCACUUAUGCAAAAACUACUCCAAACCCGGCUGUCGUGAUUCAAAGCUUUUUCUCUUGACAGAUCUCUCUCACUGCUCU